AUGGACCUUGUUAAGCGUUUAAACGAAGUUCCCCAAGCGACACGUGGAAAUUGCACGAUUGCUGCCGAAGAAGCUGGUGUUGGUGAGGCUUCGCUCGGACAUGAUGACAUACGCACACUUAAAGCAGAGCUAAGUAAACUAAAAAAUCAAUGCGUAAUUCUAACGCACCAAAAUGAGUUGUUGCUAACCAAAAUGCGAACACAGAUAUGUGAAACUGACGCCGCUGCUACAGAGUUGCCAUUCGAUGUGGUUAAAGAGUUUUUGCCGGAAUUUAAUGACGAAGCUGAUUUUGAAGUUUGGGUUGAACAGUUUAAAAACUUAACAUCGCUUUAUGUGUUGGAUGAAAAUUUGCAACGAGUGCUUUUGAUGAACAAACUAAAGUGCAAAUCCCGACAAUGGCUGCAAUCAAAACCGAAUUUGGUUACCGAACAUGUUGCAGAGUUACUUAAGCAGCUGGCGGAGUUCUUCGAAGUCAAAGAAAAUAAAAUGAUUCUUCGGCGCAAGUUCGAAAUGCGUAAAUGGAUCCACAGUGAAUCAUUCCUUGAUUAUUUUAAAGAAAAAACAGCGAUGGCAAAGAAGAUAUCAAUUGAGGAGGACGAACUUGUUGACUGCAUUAUUGAGGGUAUCCCGGAUGAACAGCUUAGAACACAAGCACACAUGCAGUGCUAUUUGUCUACAGCCAGCCUGGUGCAAGCAUUUUCGAAAAUUCAACUAAAGAAGAGCGUGACCUCAGCUAAAGCAGUCCCUACGUCUACAAACGCGAAGGUGCAGAAAGGAACGAUGGUAAUUCGCUGCUACAACUGCAAUUCUUUAGGACAUUUCGCCGCAGAAUGCAAAAAGCCGAAGCGAGAAAUUGGUGCCUGUUUUGCGUGUGGAAGCCUCGAGCAUCGUGUUGCAGCUUGUCCUGACAAGAAAUCCGCAGUUCAAUUUUUGGAAGACAAUGAAUAUAAUGCCUCAUAGACUCCGGCAGCCCAGUGAGUUUCAUCAGACGCUCCAGUUUAUCGCAUAAUUUGAGUUUAAUUAACAGUGUAAUGAAAUAUGAUAAUAAAUG